UCCGGAGCGCGCGCGUGCAUUGCACUCAAACGUUACCGGUCGCGAGGACGUGUCGCGGACGAGAAACCACCAACAGUACUACCUACCGCCGGUACAAUCCGAUCGGCCGCUCUCCAACGCAGUGAUCGUCGUCCGAGAUCCGUUGCUGUUCACUGUAGCCCCAACGGUCCUCUACCGACCGUCCCUCUCACGCGACACCACUGUGUGUAGCAGCUCCCGGUGCCCACCAUGUCUCUCCGGCGCGCUGCAUCGAUCUUCCUGUGUGCCUUGGCGUGCGUCCCGCUCGCCCCGGCCGAGGAGCAGCGCACUCGACUGCCGGUCGGCAUCACUGAGCCGGUGUCCUACGACCUGACGUUCAUGCCCACCCUCAAAGGCGCCGGGUCCACGUUCACCGGCCGGGCCGAUAUCGUCGUCGACGUGCGGACCAACACGGAAACGGUCACGCUAAACCUGAAAGACCUGACCGUCACCAACGUGUCGAUAACGGACGUGCGGACCGGAAAGGACGUGGCCGUGAAGGACGUCCGGUACCGUGUGGCUGACGAGCAGGUGGAGAUUCUCACCAUACGACCGCUACUCCAGACCAGGCGUUACAGGUUGUCGAUCCAGUACGGGGGCGCGAUCAGGACCGAUAUGACCGGAUUGUACCUGAGCUCUUAUCAGGAGAGUAACGAGACCAGGUGGAUGGCCGUAACACAAUUCGAAUCGGUGUACGCGAGGAGCGCGUUCCCGUGUUAUGACGAGCCAGCUAACAAGACCGUGUUCAACAUUUCCGUGAUGAAGAGAAAGAACCAGAUCGCACUGUCCAACAUGCCGAUCUCAUUUAUCGAGACAAUCCGCUCAAAUGACAUGGAACUGGUGCACUUCCAGACUACCCCGCCGAUGUCCACUUAUCUGGUGGCCAUUUAUGUGGGCGACUUUGUAGCGAACGUGAACAAUUCGGCUGUGAAGGUUUACGCGCGUGCGGACUCCGUAAACCAAACCAAAUACGUGGGGUCCGAAGCCCAGAAACACCUGGACGUGCUGUCGAAGUACACGGGCAUCAAGUACAUGCUCCCAAAAAUGGACCUGUUGGCAAUACCGGACUUCAAAAGCGGGGCGAUGGAGAACUGGGGAAUGAACACGUACCGGGAAAGCUAUCUGUUGUUACACGACGAGUCUAAAUCGAAAAUGAAAAUACGGGCAUCGGAAGUAGUGCAACACGAGUUCACGCACCAAUGGUUCGGAGACUUAGUGACCUGUGCUUGGUGGGACUAUUUAUGGUUAAACGAGGGUUUCGCCCGGUACUUCCAGUACUUCGCCACGGGAAUGGUAAAAAUGAGUUGGCCGGUUGAAGAACAGUUUGUGAUCGAAGCGCAUCAAGGCGCAUUGGUUUACGACCAGACCCCCAGACAUCCGAUCACUUCGUCGGUAAAAACUCCCGAAGAAAUUGAAAAUAUAUUCGACACUAUAACGUACAGUAAAGCAGCGUCAGUGCUAAGAAUGUUGUAUCAUGUGGUGACCGAAAAAGUGUUCCAACCUUCUCUCCAAGAUUAUUUGGAAAAAUAUAGCGAAUCCGUAGCAGAACCAACAAACUUGUUUUCAUUGUUUGAUUCAAAGAUGGAGGAUUUAUCAUUAAGCUUAAAUAAUUAUACUUUGACAGUCAAUGACUUUAUGUCAAAUUGGACUUUACAGUCGGGAUAUCCAGUAUUAGAAAUCACAAAAAAUAGUACAUCAAACAUGUUUUCAGUGAUACAAAAACGAUUUUUAAUCAGCGGAAACGAUACUGAAAAAACGUUGUGGAUCGUUGGUCUGACAUUUACGACUGAAAAUCAUAAGAAUUUCAGCAAUACCAAACCGUCUGUGUGGACGAACAAAAACAGUGAUUUGACUAUGGUUCAAGGCCCUUCAGACCCCGGAUGGUACAUCUUUAACAUACAAUCUACGGGUUUCUACAGAGUGAACUACGACAACGAAAACUGGAUGGCAUUGAUAAAGCAGCUCAACAAUACACCCACUGAAAUCCACGUGCUCAACCGCGCUCAGCUAAUAUCUGACUCGUUCAAUCUGGCGCGAGCGGGACAGUUGAACUACACGGUACCUUUAGAGCUGACAAAGUAUUUGAAAAAUGAGAACAGCACCACGCCAUGGUACUCGGCCAUGCAGGGUUUUUCAUACCUGCUGCAACGGAUGCCUCGCAGCGAAAAAGGAUACAAAAAAUUAAAGACGUACGUAAGUAACCUGGCCGGGAUCAUAUACAAAAAGCUCGAAACUCGCGUAGCGAGUGGCAACGAUGAAUUAUUUGUAAAAAGUGCUUGGGACACUUUCUCGUUGUGGGCGUGUAACCUCGAGAAUAAAUACUGUACCGAAAAAGCGUUGGAAUAUUUCAACAAAUGGAAAACGGGAAUAAGAAUACCCGCCGAUAUCAAGGACGCAGCGUUCUGUGUCGGAGUAAAAAACAGCAACAACUCCGAUGUAUUUUAUCAAUUGUUUAACUUGUCCACCACGACGACCUCGAUUUCAGAAAAAAUGUCCGCUCAGUUGGCUCUCGGAUGCUCUACCAACAGAGCACUACUAAAAGAGUACAUUUAUCACAUACUCGAUGGGCCACAAGGACCGAUAAAGGAAAAGGACUACGAGUCCGUGAUAUCAUAUAUAUCAGAAACCCCACUAGGGCUCAAUGUAUUGUAUGAAUUCCUAGCGAAUAAUUUGAACAGUACGUUAAAGAAUCUUACGGACGGUCACGGAAUCACUAAACACAUAUACUCAACGCUUGCAAACAAAUUGACAGACGAUAGUGAUAUUGAAAAGAUAAGAAUCCUAAAAAAUGACUCUUCCAUUCCCGAUUCGGUGAGAAAAUCGUUUGAUGAGUCGUUUGCAAAAAUCAGUGAUCACACAUUGUGGUUCGAUAAGUAUUCUCAAAUUAUCGACGAAUGGGCACAAAAUAACCAAGAACCAAUGAUAUCAGAACCUUCGAGUACCACUACACAGGCGACUUCUACAUCUGAGCAAGAAAAAACAACCGUCCAUUCUGUUACAACUACUCCGUCGUCUACAAAUACCACGAAACCGUCUAGUGCAACGUCGAAUGUACAAAACAGUCUUACGAUUUUACAAUUUACAGCUAUCACAUUGUUAGUGAAAACAUAUAUUUUGUAAAAUUAAACAACAUUUUCAUAUUAUAUAGUUUUUUUUUUUUUAUA